CCUGCUUUGAGCAGGGGGUUGGACUAGAUGACCUCCUGAGGUCCCUUCUAACCCUGAUAUUCUAUGAUUCUGUGAUUCUAUGAGAGACGCACCUUAGGGCAUAUCUAUGCUGCAGCUGGGGGUGUGGGACUGCAGCACGAGCAGACGUACAGCAGACAUGUCUAGCUAGCUCGAGGAGCAGCUGGCCGCCUGCUGCUAGCCCAGGACCCAGGGCACACGUUUGAGCAGCCGCUGCCCAUGCUACUGGGACUUCACGGCUAUUAAUACUCGAGCUAGCCGUGAUCUAGCUAGAUAAAGCUAGCUCCGAUCAGGGGGUGAUGCAGCGCUCAAGCCGCGCUGGAGUGUAAGUGCUGGAAGCAUCGCAAGAUGCCAGGGAAGCGCUGGAACGGUGUGCCGGAACGUUCCGGGGCGACUCGACCGUUGGCUCAGAUAUGUCUAGAAGUGCAGUGGUCACACCUCCUGGUUGCAAUCCAUCUGGCCUUGCUUCCUCACACCGCCCAAAAAGAGACACAGCUGAGAUAGGAACGGUGAUAACAAGCCCCAGGACAACCUGCGUCACUCAGCAAACUUCCCCUGAGAAAGAUCACAACAGGAUAAGCAGAUGCGGUUUUCUUGCCUGGCUGCAGAAGGCAGCGGCCACCAUGAAGCAGCUUAUCUCCCACCUUCUGGCUAAUAGGUGUGGUGAUCCGUCUACGUGCCCUAAACAUGCAAUGUGCGUCUAUACGAUCCAGAGGCACUACUGUACCUGCCUACCUGGGUUUGUAUCCACUUCAGGGGACCCAGACUUCACUGAUCCAACAGUUCAAUGCAAAGAUGACAUCUGUGUGAAUUCGUCUACUUGUCCUGAUCUUGCAACUUGUCAAAACAUCCCUGGGGGCUACCACUGCACCUGCAAAGCCGGGUUUGUGCCUAAUUUUGGGAAGGAACCAUUCACUGAUCCAAGAGUGAAGUGUGUUGAUAUUGAUGAAUGUUCUCAGGUCCCAUCAGUCUGUGGCCCUCACAGCAUCUGCAUCAAUACCCCAGGGAGUUUCACCUGCCAAUGUCCUCUAGGUUAUUCUUCCCCCAGUGGGACCUCUUGGAAAACUGGUGACCCCCACACCUUGAACUGCACAGAAAGUCUCUUUAUCUGCCAGCCCGGGAUUCUGCAAGGAGACGAUUUCAAAAGCCAGUGCGGCAACACCACCCAGCACGGAAACCAGAAAAGCAACAAAUUUUGCACCAUCCUGAAUCAGACCACAAAGAACCUGGAAUCUGCAUGUGGCCAUGGAAACCAGUCAGUAUUGCUGGAGAAAGUCUUCACUUCUCUUGAUUCGCUUUUCAAUGCCACUGCCCAGCAGUCUACCGGGAGCAAAGAGGAGGUCACAUGGGAAGCCAACGCCUUUCUGCAGCGCGUAGAAUUGGCCGCCUUGGAAGCUGCUCAGAAAAGUCCCGAGAACAAGCCGCAGACUAUCGCAACCGAGACGAUGACCAUUGCAGCCCUGCGGGUUAUGGAUAACUGCAGUCGGGCAGGGAAGAUGAUCGAACUGAACGCUCAAAACGACUCGAUGAGCAUUGACUGCACGACCGUGGUUGGCGCCAGCGAACCAGGCUCCGGAGCCGUUGCCUUCAUAUCGUACGCCAGUCUCGAGUCCAUCCUGAACAAUGACUUUAUCGACCAGCAAAACCUGACGGGUGAUGACAAGCAGGGUACCGUUACACUGAAUUCCAAGGUAGUGAGUGGGAUCACUGGGAAACCCGGACCCCUCUCCAAACCUUUCAACUUCACUCUGAAGCAUAAACAGAGAAAGGAAAUGGAAGACAAGAUUGUCUGUGUUUUCUGGAACCGCACUGGCACCUGGUCUACUGAAGGCUGCAGACUUCUCCUGGCGAACAGCACUCACACCACCUGCAACUGUAAUCACCUGUCCAGCUUUGCGAUCCUGAUGGCUUCACAUGCUAUCAAGGAGACUGACCCACUGACCAUCAUCACCUGUGUGGGACUGACCCUCUCUCUGCUGUGCCUCUUCCUCGCCAUCCUCACCUUCCUCCUGAGCCGCUCCAUCCGCAACGUCAGCACCUCCCUCCACCUGCAGCUCUGCCUCUGCCUCUUCCUGGCCCACCUGCUCUUCCUCACCGCGGUGGACAGAGUCACCAACGAGGUGGCGUGUGCUGUCAUUGCUGGCCUCCUACACUACCUCUUCCUGGCCAGUUUCACCUGGAUGUUCCUGGAGGGGCUGCACCUCUUCCUCACCGUCCGGAACCUGCAGGUCGUGAAUUACACCAGCGCCAGCCUGUUCAAGAAGAGAUUCACGUACCCGUUCGGCUACGGAUUCCCAGCCCUGGUGGUGGCUAUUUCUGCAGCGGUGAAUCACAAAGGCUACGGAACUUCCAAAUACUGCUGGCUCACAAUAAAGGGAGGCUUUAUCUGGAGUUUCCUUGGACCUGUCUGCCUUAUUAUUGUGAUGAAUUUAGCAUUUUUUAUCAAAACCCUCUGGAUCCUGAGAGACACAAUCUCCUCCCUCAAUACAGAUGUCUCCACCCUCAAAAACACAAGGCUACUGACCUUUAAAGCCAUCGCCCAAGUCUUCAUUCUGGGCUGCACGUGGAUUUUCGGUCUCCUUCAAGUCGGCCCAGCCGCCACUGUCAUGGCGUAUUUAUUCACCAUCAUCAACAGCCUGCAGGGAGUCUUCAUCUUCCUGGUGCACUGUCUCCUCAAUAAGCAGGUGAGAGAGGAGUACAAGAGAUGGAUCAGAAGGAUUGAGACACCCAGAACCAAGUCUCAGACUUCCGCGCUAUCAAUGUCAGCUGUCCCCGUCACCACCAGAACUGAAGGGGAAAAGUCCUCCUGAAAAAGUGAAGUCUACUACUGCAUGUAGAGGAAAAUAAAGCCCUGCUCCAUUCCCAGCACCAGAAAUCCCUUUUUUUUACCUAGAAGAGGAAGCUGCUUAUCUCCAAUAUCCUCUGAUAGCUGCUACUGUAUGGCUUAUUCUUGUAUGGGGAAGGGGAAGGCUGUGUUUCACAUGUUUAACUAUUUUAGUACCUUUGACUUCACCCAAGUGGUUGCCACCUUCACCCUGAAGUCUUGAGUGAGGGCCUGAUUCUGCUCCAGUUGAAGUCAACUGGAGUUUUCCCAUUGAUUUCAGUGGGAGCGGGACUGGGAGCAGAGAGCCAAAGACUUGGCAAAUCUGUCCAGUUAAUAAAAGGUGGAAAAAAUGAUUUAAUUUUCCUGUCCUUCCCCCAAACCUUAAGGCUUGGCAUUUCCCAGCCUGGGAGAACUUGGGCCAGCUUCUCAUCUCAGUUUCGACAGAUACAAAUCCACAAUUACUGAAGUCAGUGGAGUUACUCCAGAUUCACACCAAGAUAGCUGCAAGCAGAAUGUGGCCUCUUGUGCUUCUUUCUUUCUUUCUAUUGUGCUUGACGUUGAAUUGAAAACUCUGAGGUUGGCGUACCUGUACCCAUUCAGCAUUAAUAGCCAGGCAAGACCCUCAACCAAUACGGAACUGCUUAGCAUCUGCCUAGGAUUUAGCCAGUGUUGAAAUGAGGCCAUGUCUUUCCUCAAAUUACUGCCAGCUGGAUGGACAUUUGUGUAGAUGAACUCUGUGAGGAUGCAAAAUACAGAAACAAGCCUGCAUUAGAGAGUCAAAAUCCAUCUCCAUUUAAGUGUAAAAGCUCACUCAUGCUCCCCGGAUAUGACAGCUCUUUAUAAACAUCCAAAAUUCUUAUUAGAGCUGAGUGGAGAAUGUACAGCUAGUAAUUUGCUCUUCAAAUUUUGCCUCUGUUUGUGAAAAAUUAUAGUUUUAUUAUUUGUUAAGCUUUGGAAAAGCACAAGAGGAGUCAGAGGUGAAAUGAGGUGUUUGCUGUGGGAAUAUUGAGGAGUUGUGACUUGCACUCCAUUAUGCUUUAUAGAAAUAUGCUUAUGAGUGUAAAUAUGACAUAACUGGAAUAUGUUUUAUGCUAGUGUCAUAAAUAUAAAGGGAAGGGUAACCACCUUUCUGUAUACAGUGCUAUAAAAUCCCUCCUGGCCAGAGGCAAAACCCUUUCACCUAUAAAGGGUUAAGAAGCUACGGUAACCUCGCUGGCACCUGACAAAAAUGACCAAUGAGGGGACAAGAUACUUUCAAAGCUGGAGUGGGGGGGACAAAGGGUUUGGGCGGUCUGUGUGAUGCUUUUGCCGGGAACAGUUCAGGAAUGCAAGCCUUACAACUCCUAUAAAGUUAGUAAGUAAUCUAGCUAGAAAAUGCGUUAGAUUUUCUUUUGUUUAAUGGCUGGUAAAAUAAGCUGUGCUGGAGGGAAUGUAUAGUCCUGUUUUUGUGUCUUUUUGUAACUUAAGGUUUUGCCUAGAGGGAUUCUCUAUGUUUUGAAUCUGAUUACCCUGUAAAGUAUUUACCAUCCUGAUUUUACAGAGGUGACCCUUUUACCUUUUCUUUAAUUAAAAUUCUUCUUUU